GUAACAUUUUUCAGAGUUUAGACCCAAGUAGCGAUUCCCUGGGCUGUGCUGCUGCUGUAAUCUGGCUGCCUGACAGUUGUCCGAUAAAGAACUGCAGCGAGCAACACGAAGUGCUGCAUCAGGCGUGGCUGAGCUCUUGGCCAUUAGCAGAGUGUUGGUCGAGGACAUCCUGAGCGUCGCCUUUAUAACGCUUAAAACGUGAGUGCAGGACGCAACUGGCCCUGUGCACAAGCAGAUGGGGCUUGCAGGAAAGGUACAUAUGCUCUUGGGCUGGGCCUAAGGAGGCCUGGGGCAAGUCCUGGGUCACUGCUACAUUGCAUGAUCAUAUCUCUCUCUGUGAGCCUCAGUUUCCCUUUUUGUAAAGUGAAGAAAUCAAAAUAAUCUCCGUUUUAUAAAGAGCUUGGAGGUUAGGCUUGUCACCCUUAGAUAAGAGAAACCAACUGCUAGAAACACCCAAGACACUUCACCUCCCCAAAAGUUGGAAAUGUGAGCAGCGGGAGUGCGAAAGCCUGGCCAGAGCGGUGCCAUCUCAGCCAGGGCCAGAAGCAGGCACGUCUGAAUGCGACUGGGAGCUCUGCAUCGGCUGGCCGCAGGCAUCUGCGGGGUGUUUCUUCCGAGGCACCCUUCGCGGGUGGUUGGCUCUUUUCCUGUAAAAAAGGGUUUUGGUUAUGUCUUAGUAAACCAUUUUUGGCCUGUCUGUCCUCACUGCAGCUGUCUGUCUGCUUAGCCCUUGGACUCUGCUGCUGGCAGUGAGAGUAUACAAGACUUAACUAUAGCUUGGACAGAAACGGGUCUCUUAAUUUGGAUUCUUUGUGAGCAGCUUAUUCCUGGAGCACAGGGUCCCUGUCUCCUUGGGCAGGCUGCGACACCUGCGAGUGCAAGCAGUGCCUUUCAGCUGCAAGGAUGAAGGGGCAGCUUGGGAGGAGAGCUCAGUGCCCUGCUGAGCCCUUGUCUUUGAUGGAAACUUCUGCUCAAGCCAGAAGCAUCUCCAUACGGCGCCAGAGAGGAGGUGCAGCUCCUUCCUAUGGGUACCCUGGCUCUGAAGGACACUCUUUGAGAGCAUCUUGUCAGAUUUGCUGGGACAACAGCAAAAUUUUGUGCCCUGAAGCCAGCAUCAGGUUUCAACAGAGGUUAAAGAAAGCAAACUCCAUGUGUUUCUGCAGAUUAUUAUUGUGUAAUACUUGACUUCGCAAACUUGAACCUAGUAAAAACUGUGUAAACAACAGAGGAAGAUAAAUGAGCCCCUCUGCUGACUUCUGGGGGGAGAGGGUUUCUCUUUCUGGGUGAUGAUCCAGACUUUUGCUGGUUGUUUCUGGGCAGAAACUGGGAGUGAGAUCCAGAAUCACAAACUCCAAGUUAGGUUUCUUUCAUGGUUUCCUUGACCUCAUAGAUCAGACUGUGCUGGAAAUAAUUCCUUUAAUGCAAAUAUAACUAAAUCAAACAUGGGUUUUUUGCUUUCUGCUAAGAUCUAGCCCUGGCUUUUAGCAGUACAGCCCAGGGCUUUUGAAUUAAAUAGUAAAACUCCCACUGAGUUCAUCACAAGAACAGGACGAGGCCUGCACUAAUCACACUUUCGAAUAUGAGGCAGCCUUAAGUUCUGGGGAUGCAGGGAAGUUUAGGCUUUGGUUUCCUUGGCUGGAAGUACCAGAAAGCUCCUCACAGCCUGCGUGGGAAAGGGGAUCCCUUGGGAUCCCUUUCUGCCACCCACCUGAGGAUGUGGGGCUGCUGAGCUUCCAGGGCUCCUCUUCCUUCAUCUGGGGGUGGGUGGUCCUGGAGGGAAGAAGGCAGUCACAACCCCUUGUGCUAAAGCAAAGCCCCGGGUGACCAAAUGGGAUGUUUCUAUCGUGUGCUUGGAAGGUGGCCUGAGCUGUAAAGCUGUGCGUGAACAAGCUCGCUGGGCUCUGGAGUCCAGGCCAGCUCAGCUUGAGCCUCACACUUAAUGGGAUAAGGGUUUUACUGGUAUAGCUUUACAUCCAGAGACCUCUUCUGCCCUCCAUGCACUCACAGUUCCCCAGCACGCUGAAAGAUCAGGCUCGUGUCCGUGGCCUCCGCUGAAAUCCUUCUGCCUGCCGUGGUACAGUCUGCUCUUCGCUCACAAUUGCUGUGUCUUGUGGAAGGGGCUCCCUUUUAGGCCUCUGCUUGCUAAUCACUGCUCUGUGCAAAGUGUUUUGGGAAGCAGCAGGUAACCUGCUUUCUGAUGCUCAGACUGGGGAGGGACCAGAUACAGAGCCUGCAUAGUGCUCUUCUCUGCUGGGACUGUCAAGUCACAACUGGUACAUACCCUCGUUUUUAAAAGAUUGAUGUGUGUCCUGACCAGGGGAAUGCUGUCUGUCUUAGAGCAGUCUCCUGAGAAGUCUCAUCUGCUGUUAAAACAGUUGUAUACUUGUAAAGGCAGCUAACAAUUAUGGGUAUUCCAGUAUUUGGGUGAUUAAGGAGUCACCUUAAAAGAUACCAUAUCUUUAGAAAAUGCUGAAUGCCUAUCCAGGAAUGAUUUGAAGGAACCUGACUUUGACCUUGCCACUUGCUUCUGAAAAUCCAGGUUUAUGUGAGAGCUUAAAGCAGACUUCCCAUGACUAACAAGUGCUGGCCUAGAUUAUGAGCUCAAACAAGAACGCUCGCUACAAUCGUUUUUCCAGUGGCACAACAAACAUCACUACUUCCGAAAACACUAACGGGACAAGAAUGGAAACAACUUUCGGGCCAGCCUACUCUGCUGUGACGACCAUCACAAAGGCUGACGGGACCAAUACUUUUAAACAGCAUCGUCGGACUCCGUCCUCCUCCAGCACACUCACCUACUCCCCACGAGAUGAGGACGAUGGCAUGCCUCCGAUCAGCACCCCACGCCGCUCUGACUCUGCUAUCUCCGUCCGUUCAUUGCACUCUGAGUCCAACAUGUCCUUGCGCUCAACGUUCUCACUCCAUGAGGAAGAGGAGGAGCCAGAGCCGCUGGUAUUUGCUGAACAACCGUCCGUGAAGCUGUGCUGCCAGCUGUGCUGUAGUGUGUUUAAAGAUCCAGUCAUCACAACCUGUGGGCACACAUUUUGUAGAAGAUGUGCCUUAACAUCUGAGAAGUGCCCUGUGGACAACGCCAAACUGACCGUAGUGGUUAACAACAUUGCGGUGGCUGAGCAGAUCGGGGAGCUCUUCAUUCACUGCAAGUAUGGCUGGGGGCCUGCAGCCAGCAGCAAGCCCGCUGCGUUCGAGGUGGACCCCCGUGGAUGUCCGUUUACAAUUAAACUGAGUGCCAGGAAGGAUCAUGAAAGCAGCUGUGAUUACAGGCCGGUUCGCUGCCCCAAUAACCCCAGCUGCCCACCUCUCCUGAAAAUGAACCUGGAGGCACAUCUGAAAGAGUGCGAGCACAUAAAAUGUCCCCACUCCAAGUAUGGGUGUACAUUCAUAGGAAAUCAAGACACUUAUGAGACCCACUUGGAGACGUGCAAGUUCGAGGGUCUGAAGGAGUUCCUGCAGCAGACAGAUGAUCGCUUCCAUGAGAUGCAGGUGGCAAUGGCCCAGAAGGAUCAGGAAAUUGCCUUCCUGCGCUCCAUGCUGGGGAAGCUCUCUGAGAAAAUAGACCAGCUGGAGAAGAACCUCGAGCUCAAGUUUGAUGUGCUGGACGAGAACCAGAGCAAGCUGAGCGAGGACCUGAUGGAGUUCCGCAGGGAUGCCUCCAUGCUGAACGAUGAACUCUCCCACAUUAAUGCUCGGCUCAACAUGGGCAUCCUUGGAUCCUAUGACCCUCAGCAGAUCUUCAAGUGCAAGGGGACCUUUGUGGGACACCAGGGCCCUGUCUGGUGUUUGUGCGUUUACUCCAUAGGAGACUUGCUCUUCAGUGGCUCUUCAGACAAAACCAUUAAGGUGUGGGAUACCUGUACCACAUACAAGUGCCAAAAGACCUUGGAGGGUCACGAUGGAAUUGUACUGGCUCUCUGCAUCCAGGGGAACAAGCUGUACAGUGGCUCUGCUGACUGCACCAUUAUUGUCUGGGAUAUUCAAAACCUGCAGAAAGUGAACACGAUCCGAGCACAUGACAAUCCUGUUUGCACUUUGGUCUCCUCGCACAACAUGCUGUUCAGCGGCUCUCUCAAAGCCAUCAAGGUCUGGGAUAUUGUAGGUACCGAGCUCAAACUGAAGAAGGAGCUGACAGGUCUCAAUCACUGGGUGCGAGCACUGGUGGCUUCUCAAAACUAUCUCUACAGCGGAUCUUACCAAACAAUCAAGAUCUGGGACAUCCGCAACUUGGAGUGUGUCCACGUGCUGCAGACAUCGGGAGGCAGCGUCUACUCCAUCGCUGUGACAAACCACCACAUUGUGUGUGGCACCUACGAGAACCUCAUCCAUGUCUGGGAUAUAGAGACAAAGGAGCAAGUUCGCACGCUGACUGGGCACGUGGGUACGGUCUAUGCCCUUGCUGUCAUCUCCACGCCGGAUCAAACCAAAGUCUUCAGUGCAUCAUAUGACCGGUCUCUCAGGGUGUGGAGCAUGGACAACAUGAUCUGUACUCAGACGCUGCUGCGACACCAGGGCAGCGUCACUGCCCUCGCAGUCUCCAGGGGCCGCCUCUUCUCCGGCGCCGUGGACAGUACUGUAAAGGUCUGGACAUGCUAGCGUGAGUGCCGCACUAGUCCUGCACACUGAAAGACCAAAAACUCCUCCUCUCCGUCAGCCUGCUGGGUGACUAACACCACUAUGAAAGAACUGCUGCAGCUCCUCUCCGCACCGACCACUGCCUGCCGCUGCCCAUCGGCCGGUUACCCCACCCGCAAGGACCCUGGCUGGCAGCUCUCAGGUUGGGUCUGGCCCACGGAUGUUCCAGAUGUUUCCCCGCAUCUGCCGUGUAUGAUUGGAAAUGCAGAGGAAGCCGUUCUGCUGCCAGAGCUUUCCGCACCGCAGGGUGCCCUCCUCUGCCUGCAUCCCCCCAGCUGGGGAGCACCCUCCGGGGCCAGGGCCGAGGCGAAGCUGGGCCUUCAGGCCAGGGCAGCCCCUCAGGGCACCGGCGCAGAUGCAGUGCAGCCCUCGGCCAGCGAUGGGACUCAACGGUUCACCUUGUCGCAGGCAGGAGCCGGCCUGGCCAGGGCAGCAACGCUGGGAGGCUGACCCCCCUUUGUAAAUGGUAGAACUGAGCAUUAGGCGUUGCCCUGGGUUGGGACCCCAGCCCCUUUCUGUCUCUCAUAUUUAAUUUUACUGCCAAGACUGUCAGGCUGAUCCAUCUGGGAAGAGGUGUUUUCUUGAGUAGCCAGGUACGAUUUUUAUGCCACAGCUAGUUCUCAAAUCAAGUAACACAAGCCCAUCAUUCACCACCCUGUAAUAACGGUCUCCACAUUAAAGAGAAAAAGCCUCCGUUGCUUUUUUACUCACAUUUUCUACUGUUUUUAAGAUUGUAAUAUAGAUUUGAUUAUUUCUUCAUUGACAAUAAAAGCAGAAAGAGUU